GUUAAAUUUUCCUGGAGCUAGUUGUCAAAAAGUCAAAAUAUAUUACUCAUUGUAUAUUUCUGCAGAAUUUAACUGGAUAAAUUAAUUUGUUUUUAAUGUCAUGGUCGCCCAGACAUCUGAUACAGAGUAUAAAGUAGGAAAGAGAAUUGAGUGCAAUGGUAAUUUUGGAAGUAUAAAAUAUGUAGGUCCUGUAGAAGGGUAUCCUGGAAACUGGUUGGGUAUUGAUUGGGAUGAUAAAGACCGUGGUAAACAUAAUGGAACCGUGAAUGGAAUUCGGUACUUCUAUACAAGGUACCCAAAGUCAGGAUCUUUAGUAAGAAAAGAGAAAGUAAACUUAGGCCAAAAAUUAAUUGAUUCUGUGAGAACAAGGUAUGGAUUUAUAGAUAAUGAAGAUUCAGCUAAGAAAAACAAAGAAGAAAUGAUGAAAUUUCAACAGAUGAUAAAUGCGCCAUUUUUAGAAUUUGUUGGUUUUGAUGAAGUUGCUGAAAAACAAAGAAAUUUCCAGUCACUGGAAGUUGUAAAUGUAAGACUUCAGAAUGUUAGCAUCAUUGGAGACUUGAUGAAUUUAUGUCCAAAUGUUAGAGAGAUUGAUAUAUCAAAAAAUCUAUUAUCAAGUUGGAAUGACAUUUUCAGUAUUUGCUCACAACUGAGACAUCUGUAUUGGAUAAAUUUAAGUGAAAAUUUGUUAUCUAUGCCAGAUAACACAGAUAAACAUGUAUACCCUAAUAUAACUGUAUUAGUUUGUGGUUCCAUGGAACUGACCUUUGAAGAUGUUACAACGAUUUCAGCAAUUUUCCCAAACGUUGAGGAGCUAAGAGUGCCUUAUAACCAUAUAACCAAUUUAACAAUUCGGUCCGAUCAUAAUUUUAGGAGGUUGAAAUAUUUGGACUUGGAGGGUAACGACAUAAGACAUUGGUCAGAAAUUAAUAAGUUAUCUGUAAUAAAAACGUUAGAACAUAUGACUAUAGAAAAUAUUAAAUUAGAAAGUAUCAGAUUUGAAGAAAAUUUAAUACCAGUGAGUUGUUUUAAUAAUCUGGAAACACUUAACUUGAAUGACAACUUAAUAGCAGAGUGGCGAAGUAUAGGAGAGCUUAACAAAUUGGAAAAAUUUCGCCAUCUUAGGCUUUUAAAAAACCCAAUAUUAGAGACGGAGAAUAUUGCUACUAGAGAACAAAUUAUAAUAGCUAAAAUAGAACACUUACAAAGUUUGAAUGGAAGACACAUCAAAAGUGAUGAAAAAAGGGGUGCUGAAUACGAUUAUAUUAAAAAGUAUGCUUUAGAAUGGAUGAAAAUUGAAAAUACAGUAGAUAGAGAAAAAUUUUUAUUAGAACAUAAUAGGUUUCUUCAAUUAAUUGAAAUGUAUGGCUUGCCGGAAGAGUCUGAACUGAUCGUGAAACCAAACAUCAUUCAAAGCUCCUUGGUGAAUUUAAUAUUUCGAUACAAUGGCGUAGAAAAGACGAAAAGUUUGCCUGAAAAUAUUUUAGUUCAGAAGCUCAUAUUGCUUGUAAAAAAAAUGUUUAAAUUGAGAGAACGUCCAGUGUUAAUAUACAGUAGUGCUUUACAGCCAGAAAUUAAAAUUGAACUAUGUGAUGAAUUCAAAGAACUGCAUUAUUAUUCUGUUCAGGACGGUGAUUCUAUAAUUGUACAAGAUUUCUGAAAUUAACACCUAAUUUAAUAUAUUUUUUAUUUUUUCACGCUA